AUGGUGGGCUUACCAGAAUCAUUGGAACUUGGUCCACGGCCUACAGAAUUCGUGUCUCAGCUGCUUGUGGAUGUCUUCGGAGCUCAGACCCUGUCAACUCUCCCGGAGCUGGACAGAGCCCACAGGAGCCUGCUGCCCAAGCCAGGUCUGAAUGAAAAGCCACGCACGAUCAUCAUACGCUUCCACCGCUUUCAGACCAAGGAUUUGGUUAUGAGAGAGGUACGGAGACGCCGUGGGACUCUGGAGUUCCGCGGACACAAGCUUCAGUUCUACGAAGAUUACACCGCUGAGGUCCAGAAACAGCGAGUCCAAUACAGAGACGCUAUGGCCGAACUAUUUAAUAGGGGUUUCCGUCCUUCGCUGCUUUUUCCAGCCAAGCUCCGGAUCACCCUUCCAGAUGGUAGAAAUCGGUGGCUGGGAUCGGUUUCUGAGGCCACCCGCUUCAUCCAAUCCACAAAGGAAGACGCGGGUCCCUCGCCCUGA